AUGAUUAAUUUAAUAAACAAUCCAUCAUUAAAUGAAUCAAUUAUACAAGUUUUUGAAAAAUUAAUUCAAUAUAAAAAAGAAUUUUCCAAUGAAACAUUUCAUAUUUUAAUUAAUUUUGCAUCUGAAAAUAAACAUCAAAUAUUACGAGAUAAAGUUAUUGAUGGUCUAGAAUUAAUAACUAAAUAUGAAACAAUAUUAUUAAAUAUAUUAAUUUUAAUUAGAUUUGAAAUUGUAUCAAAAAAACUACGAAACUCUAAAUUGAAAAUUAUUGAUAAAAUAACAAUCAUUGAUCAAUGUGUAAGUGUUGUAUAA